AUGGUUACGAUUGAAGUAAAAGAGUCGAUUGAAGACAAAGUGUCGGCAAGCGGUGAUGCUAGUCAAAGCAAGACCCAGCAACCCGCUGCCCCAAACGGCAAUGGAAAAGCCGAAGACAUGACUUCUGCUGAUUAUUAUUUUGAUAGCUACGCGCACUUUGGCAUUCACGAAGAAAUGCUCAAGGAUGAAGUCAGAACAAUGACCUACAGGGACUCAAUGAUCCUCAACAAGCACCUCUUCAAGGACAAGAUCGUUCUCGAUGUGGGAUGUGGCACUGGAAUCCUCUCAAUGUUCGCCGCAAAGGCAGGAGCGAAAAAAGUUAUUGGAGUUGACAUGUCCGGCAUUAUCGAGCACGCGCGAAAAAUCAUCAAGAAGAAUGGUUUUGAAGAUACGAUCACGCUGAUCCAGGGAAAGAUGGAAGAAAUCGAACUACCAGAAGGUAUCAAGCAAGUCGAUAUUAUCGUUUCUGAAUGGAUGGGCUACUGUCUUCUCUACGAGACAAUGUUACCGUCCGUCCUCUAUGCCAGAGACAAAUACCUUGCCAAAGGAGGCCUCUUGUUUCCUGACAAAUGCUCGAUGUACAUCACUGCUAUCGAAGACGCCCAAUACAAAGACGAGAAGAUCCACUUUUGGGACGAUGUGUACGGCUUCAACAUGGAGCCAAUCAAAAAGCUAGCGUUGAUCGAACCUUUAGUCGAUGUGGUUGACGGCAAACAAGUCAACUGCACUCACGAUCGGUUGAUUUCUUUCGAUCUUCAAACAGUAACUAAAGAAGAGUUGUCGUUCCGCGCGGACUUCCUGAUUCAAGCAACUCGCAAGGACAUGGUGCAUGCAUUGGUCGUUCACUGGGAUUGCGAGUUCACGCACUGUCACACUUCCAUCGGCUUCAGUACCGCCCCGUCCGCGCCCUACACGCAUUGGAAACAGACUGUUUUCUAUCUCGACCAAGAUGUCUACAUUACUCCCGGCGACAAGAUUGAAGGAACCUUUGAGAUGAAGCCGAAUGACAGGAAUGAGCGAGACAUGGACAUCGUGCUGUCUUCUACGCAUGUCCAGAAUGACGGCGUUUCCUUUUCCCAGUCUAUGGCUUACAGCAUGCACUAA